AUGACCGCCGCCGUGGCCCAGCCACUGUCGCCCAAGAGCACCGUCUCCAACAUCGAGGACGCGAUCCUCAAGCGCGAGAUCUCGCGCUCGACCCCGGUCGAGAUCCACUCGCUGCGCCACUACAGCGCCGAGGAGGCCGUCGCCAUCGCCGACCGGGGACGCCGCACCGCCGCCUCUGGCCGUGGGCGCGACAGCUCGCCCAAGGCGCUCGUGUACGCCUCGGGCUCGUCCCCUCCCCCCGGCGGUCUGCCCGGCCUCCCGCCCCGCCGCCGCUCGUCCGCCGCGUCCACCUCGCUCGACGCGCACGACUUCCACUCGCACCACCAGCCGCCUAGCGCCACCGCCGAGCCGAACGACGAGCCCAUCCUCUACCUCCCCCCUCUGCUGUCUGGCCUGCCGCACGACGUCGCGCCCGAAGACCCGUCCACGCGCGGCGAGUUCGACACGCGCCUCCCCCACAUCGACCCUGCGUCCCUCGCCCUCCACCAGGCGCUCCACCACUUCCACCCCGUCGACAACCACUACGCGUCGACAGAGUACCCCGAGGCCUUCAACUGGCGCGACCUCUCGCUGCCCGAGGACGUCGAGCGCGAGUGGUAUGUGGUUGUCUUCCGCUCCCGCCGCCGCCCCGAGUCGGAGAGCCUGAGCCUGUACGCCGCCGACCGCGCCGCGCACGCCGAGGCAGUCGCCAAUGGCGGCCUCAUCCUCUACUGGUACGGCGUGCCAGACCACACCGGCCUCAACAUGGCCACCUGCAUCUGGCAGUCGCGCAAGCACGCCGUCAACGCCAUCUCGGGCCCCAAGCACAUGGAGGCCAUGAAGGAGGCCGCGGGCGCCUACGAGACGUACAACCUCGAGCGCUGGCGCCUCCAGAAGGUGCUCGGAUCGACCAAGCUCCGGCUCGCGCGCUGGGAGGGCGGAGACGUGGGAUGGUAA